UCCUGUCUCCUUAGCCUAAAGGCUCAAUUUUUUUCUCCAGCCAGCUUCCUUCCACUAUGGACCCCUUUCUUUCUUCUUCUCUUCAUUUUCACUCACAGACUCAUUAACCCUUCUCGAAACAAUUAUGUCCGAUAAAUUCACACACCCAGAUCUCCGGCAACUCAUGGCCGACAAACCCAACUUUCCGACCACCCCACAAACCCUAGAGUCCUUCUUCCUCCACCACCCCCACCUGACACGUGGAUUCUCUCCGGCGCCACCGCCGCCACCACUCCCCAAGUUCCAGCCACUUCAGCUCGUCCUGACCGACCCCACCAAUUUGCCCGAUGGGCUGGUUCACUUUGGCUGUUCCGAUAACUCCACCACUGCAGGCGGCGGUGGGUCUUCCACUGCCGCCGCCGCAUCUUCAGCCCCAUUUUUGCGGCGGAAUAAGUUGAUAAUGGAUAGUGAAUGGUGUCGUUAUGGAAACGACGCCGUUGGGGGAAGUAAUGGAGUUAACAGUAGAUGGCCAAGACAAGAAACUCUCACUCUUCUUGAGAUCAGAUCUCGCCUUGAUUCCAAGUUUAAAGAGAGUAAUCAGAAAGGUCCUCUUUGGGAUCAGGUUUCUAGGAUGAUGGCGGAGGAAUACGGGUACAAAAGAAGUGGGAAGAAAUGCAAAGAGAAGUUCGACAAUUUAUACAAAUACUACAAGAAAACAAAGGAAGGUAAAACCGGGAGGCAUGACGGGAAGCACUACAGAUUCUUUCGUCAACUCGAAGCCAUUUACGGCCAAUCCAACGACCAAUUAUCAUCCCCAGUUAUAGAAUCCAACUUCUACCAAAACUCGGCCGCCGGAUCGGAAACUCCGCCGCCCGGGAAAUUCCCCGGAGAAAAUCAUCAAGAACCGCCCAAUAACAAUCAUCAAGAGACGGGCGGCGGAAUGAGCCUAAGCUUUUCGAUAUCAUCUGAUUUCGAAACGUCGUCGUCGGGAAAUUACCACGACGACGAUCUAUCGGCCAUAGCAUUUAUGAUGAAUCAAAGGAAGGCGGAGAAAUCGAGGGAAAACAACAUGUCGAAAGAGGAGGGUGGUGUUAAUAAUAAUAAUAAUAAUAAUAAUAAUGGAGGGAGUUGGAGAGAGGAGGUAGAGAAAAUGGUGGAUAUGAAGCUGAGUAGAUUAAUGGAAGUGCAAGAAAAUUGGAUGGAGAAGAUAAUGGCAAGUGUUGAGGAUGGAGAAAAAGAGAGGAUUGUGAAAGAAGAAGAAUGGAGGAAGCAAGAAGUGGCAAGGUUUGAUCAUGAGAUGAGUAAGUUUUGUGCGAGGGAAAGAGCUUGGCUUCAUGCUCGAGAAGUUGCUUUCAUGGAAAUUGUGAAGAAAUUUGCUGGCAAAGGGUAAUAAUUUAUAAGAAUAACCAUGGAUAAACAAACAAU